AGAUGCCCCUGAUUCCUAUGCUUAAGAGGAAAGUUCCUCUCAAAAAGCGGGCUCCUGAAGGCUCAACUGCUCAACCCUCUGAUUCGGACAACUCACACCCUGAUUCAUCAACUCCAUCCAGGAGGUCGAAACUCAGACCACUUCGACCGAGACACCUUUGGGUGUGGAACAGAUUCCGACUCCCACCUUCAUAA